AUGGCUGGCAAGGAAGAUGAUCUGGCUAGUGAAUGUGUACAAAUCACUGAACAGGUUAAAAAUCAAACUGAGCAGUUGAAAACCGAAGUUGCUAAUCACGUAACCAGAAUAAAACACUUUAAAAUCAACACUUCUGCAAGUAGUAAACAAGUGGAAGAUGUGUCUACCAAACACGAAGAGGAGGUAGGUGGGUUUUUAAGAGAGAAAGAUGGCCAUAUCACAGAAAAGUUAGAUUCAACGUUAAAAAGGGCGAUACAACAAAUUAUUUCUGAAGUAUAUGCAGAGCAAAACACUUCAGUGCGGACGGCUAAAAAUAAGUUAGAUCACAUACGGAAGACUUUGACCCAAGAUUUGUCUCACAAGGGGAAGCCGCCAAUUCGCUUAAUAGCAAUAAUUCAUUUCCUCGGUCAGCAAUGUCUGCCUUUGAGUGGAAGUACAGAUACACUCUUUCAAACUGACAACGGAAACUUCUUGAAACUCGUUGAAUUAUUCGGAAAGUUCGACACUGUGAUGAUGGAGCACCUGCACAGAACAAAGCAAGGUGAGAACAAGGGUCAUCAUUAUCUUGAAAAUGAAACACAGAAUGAAAUAAUUCAUCUUAUUGGAUCAUCUACAACCAACAAAAUUCUAUUAAUGAUGAAAUCUGCUAAGUAUUACAGUAUAAUUCUGGACUGCACACCAGAUAUUUCAAAAGUUGAGCAGAUGACAGUUGUGGUACGUUUCGUCCAGGAGACGAAGACUCGACGGGGUACGAUGUCCGAAUUCAGGAGCAUUUCCUGGGAUUUCUUCCAGUGCCCGAUUCUUCAAGCUCCACUUUGA